AUGUCCGCCGAUCUCGAUUCCCGGCCCAGCUUGCCCAAAAUUCAAGUCGGGAUCAGUCUCCGGAAGACUCCCCGGGCUUGCAGCGACGGCGGCAAAGACGACAUUGCAGUUCUGAACGAUAAUUCAUAUCGGAAUAAUCCAGUGGAGAAGGAGAUUGUCAAUUCCAGCGACGAGGAGUGCCAGACACCAAAAUCGGCGGAAUUCAAGAUCCCAGCGAUCCUAAGAUGCCCAUCAGCGCCGAGGAAACUGAAGAGCGCGCCGAUCUCCUGCAAGCGGAAGCAAGUGUCGGAGCUGCCCUUCUUUGACGUGGUUAACCGGGUGGAGGUUGAAUCCUUCUUCCGAUCCGGUUUCCAGAUGGCCAAGCGGAUCAGUACCCCGAUCUCAUCCCCUUGUAAUUUUUUAAAAGAAAAACAGAGUAUAGAUCGUCGGCCGAGAAGAACGGUGUCAUAUCGUUGGAGCUCGAUCAAUUCUCUAUCGGUGACCGAACAAAGCACUUCGGGCAUUGUGUCUCGGCAGGGCAGCAUGGCAAACCAGAUCAACCUCCCCGACGGUGGCGACGGAUCCAUGUUCGGAAGCAUGCGGCAAGAGUUUUGA